UGUUUAAAAAAAAACAUCUGUAAAAUCUCUGUUUUUCUUUCUCACCUCUCUGUUUUUUCCUCUCUCUCUCCAGAGUUUUCUUUCUCUCUAAGAAAAACAUUUUUUUUUUAAUUUCAGGGUUUAUAAGGUUUUAAGCUUCACAAGAGGAUUAUUAGGAAGAGAGAUUUUUAUGUGCACCUUAAAAGUGGCAAACCAGGAAGAUAAAGUUGGUAAGAAAGCCGAGUUUACCACUCGAGAAGAUGAUCACCGGACGUUAUCAGACAUCGAUCAAUGGUUUUACUUAUUCCCGGCGGAAGACAACCACCUCCACCACCGUGAUAACGCCCUUACGCCUCCGUCAUCGUCGUCUUCGUCUCUUAUGUCGAGUUCUGACAGAGGGAAGGAGAUGUCUGCGAUUGUCUCUGCUUUGACACAUGUCGUCGCUGGAAAUGUUCCUCCUCAUCAGUUCGUUGGCGGUGGAGGUGGCGGUGGAGAAGGUACUUCGAAUUCCUCUUCCUCCUCCGGGCACAAGAGGAGGAGAGAGGUGAAGGAAGGUGGCGGCGGAGGCAAAGCAGUCAAGGGAGUUAAUACUUUGACGGUUGAUCAAUAUUUCUCCGGCGGCAAUUCUAGUUCGAGAGUGAGAGAAGCUUCGAGCAACAUGUCAGGUUCAGGCCCAACAUAUGAGUACACAACUACAAUGAAUACUAACACCGAAACGUCGUCGUUAAAUGCGGACCAACCUCUAAGAAGAUACAGAGGAGUGAGACAAAGACCGUGGGGAAAAUGGGCGGCUGAGAUUCGAGAUCCUUUCAAAGCGGCUAGAGUUUGGCUUGGUACGUUUGAUAAUGCUGAAUCAGCUGCGAGAGCUUACGAUGAAGCUGCUCUUCGGUUUAGAGGCAACAAGGCCAAACUCAACUUCCCUGAAAACGUCAAACUCGUUAGACCUCUCGCUGCAACACAGUCUCUGCCGCAACCCGCCCCUGUUCAGACAAUAACUCAGCUAAGGAACUCGAGUUCUACAAGUACCCUUUUGCCUAUAAGACCUGCCGUUGAUUCUCAGCCGUUGAUGCAAUCGUACAACUUGAGUUACUCAGAGAUGGCUCGCGAUCACCAACAGUUUCAGCAACAUUUUCAUCAACAAUCUAUGGAUUUAUAUGAUCAAAUGUCGUUUCCGUUGCGUUUUGGUCUCACCGGAGACUCAAUGAUGCAAUCCACUUCGUCAUCCUCUUCUCAUUCCCGUCCUCUGUUUUCUCCAUUAGCGGUUCAACCGCGCGAAACCGGUUAUCUCCAGGACAUACAAUGGUCACCAGAGAAGAAGACAAGUAAUGAUGAUAACAGUCCAUCAUCUUGAUAGUAUUACUUCAUAGAAAAGAGAAUGAUGAUUGCUUGUUGUAGGGUUUAGGUUUAGGUUUACGUUUACGUUUGUAUUAUUAUCUUCCUUGCAUGUUUUCAUGUUCUUUUUUAAA